CUGAAUAAGUAGACGUUCUUCUCACGUUACGGCUUCAGUGUCGCAGGGCAGAGUCAGGAGAGUUUUCUUUCAGUUCAUCUGUUUGUUCUAGCGCGUCCAGAAUGAGGGAGAUUGUUCAUUUGCAAGCAGGACAGUGCGGCAACCAGAUUGGUGCCAAGUUCUGGGAAGUCAUAAGUGACGAGCAUGGCAUUGACCCUACAGGCAGUUACCAUGGUGACAGUGAUCUUCAGCUGGACAGGAUUAAUGUCUACUACAAUGAAGCUACAGGUGGCAAGUAUGUCCCCCGUGCUGUGCUGGUCGACUUGGAGCCGGGAACCAUGGACUCUGUGAGGUCUGGACCUUUCGGGCAAAUUUUCAGGCCCGACAACUUUGUUUUUGGCCAGAGUGGUGCUGGUAAUAACUGGGCCAAGGGCCACUACACAGAAGGUGCUGAGCUGGUGGACUCUGUCUUGGAUGUGGUGCGUAAGGAGGCUGAGAGCUGCGACUGCCUGCAGGGCUUCCAGCUCACUCACUCGCUGGGUGGUGGUACUGGGUCAGGUAUGGGUACCCUGCUCAUCAGCAAAAUCCGUGAGGAGUACCCUGACCGCAUUAUGAACACCUUCAGUGUUGUCCCCUCACCCAAAGUCUCUGAUACAGUGGUGGAGCCUUACAAUGCUACACUGUCUGUCCACCAGCUUGUAGAGAACACAGACGAGACGUACUGCAUUGACAACGAAGCCCUGUAUGACAUCUGUUUCCGCACCCUCAAGCUCACAACACCAACAUACGGUGACCUCAACCACUUGGUCUCUGCCACCAUGAGUGGAGUCACAACAUGCCUGAGGUUCCCUGGGCAGCUCAAUGCUGACUUGCGCAAACUGGCUGUCAACAUGGUGCCCUUCCCUCGUCUGCACUUCUUCAUGCCUGGUUUUGCCCCACUGACCAGCAGGGGUAGUCAGCAAUAUCGUGCACUCACUGUACCCGAGUUAACGCAGCAGAUGUUCGAUGCCAAGAACAUGAUGGCUGCUUGCGACCCACGCCAUGGGCGCUAUCUCACUGUGGCUGCUGUUUUCCGUGGCCGAAUGUCCAUGAAGGAGGUGGAUGAGCAGAUGCUCAAUGUGCAGAACAAGAACAGCAGCUACUUUGUUGAAUGGAUCCCCAACAAUGUGAAGACCGCUGUGUGCGACAUCCCACCCCGUGGCCUGAAGAUGGCCGCCACCUUCAUUGGGAACAGCACCGCUAUCCAGGAGCUGUUCAAGCGCAUCUCCGAGCAGUUCACAGCCAUGUUCAGGCGCAAGGCUUUCCUGCACUGGUACACAGGUGAGGGCAUGGAUGAGAUGGAGUUCACAGAGGCUGAGAGCAACAUGAAUGACCUGGUGUCAGAGUACCAGCAGUACCAGGAUGCAACUGCUGAAGACGAAGGAGAGUUUGAGGAGGAGGGAGAAGAGGAGCUGGCUUAAAUAUAUAUCUUUUGUCAGUCAUUUCUUUCCAUGUUUGUUCUGUUCACAACUUUCCUUUAUUUUUCCCUUUCCAGUUGUCAAGUUGUUUUUCUCACUUUUGUUCCUUUCGAAUUCUUUGUCUGUUUAAUACCAAUAAAACACGCAAUUAAUAA